CUUGGCCGAGCCCAUCUGCGCUUUUUCUAGGCUCCGGUAGGCAGCGGUAGCGGCGGACAGCGGAGGGCUCGACCAGCAAAGCAACGUUGCGUGUUUUUGACGUCCACAGUUUUUUUUAUAUAUUGUAAAAUAAAAAGGGCUUUUAAGCCGAAGCAACUUCUUAAAACUCCACAAUGAGGGAAAUUGUACACAUCCAAGCCGGCCAGUGCGGAAAUCAAAUAGGGGCAAAGUUCUGGGAAGUGAUCAGUGAUGAACACGGUAUUGACCCAACAGGUACCUACCAUGGCGACAGUGACCUGCAGCUGGACAGAAUCAGCGUCUACUACAAUGAGGCCACAGGUGGUAAAUACGUUCCCAGAGCCAUCCUGGUGGAUCUCGAACCCGGGACCAUGGACUCUGUGCGCUCCGGCCCCUUUGGACAGAUCUUCAGACCAGACAACUUUGUUUUCGGACAAAGUGGUGCUGGCAACAACUGGGCUAAGGGUCAUUACACAGAGGGAGCUGAGCUGGUAGACUCAGUCCUGGAUGUGGUGAGGAAAGAGGCAGAAAGCUGCGACUGCCUGCAGGGCUUCCAGCUCACCCACUCCCUGGGAGGAGGCACCGGCUCCGGUAUGGGCACCCUGCUCAUCAGCAAGAUCCGAGAGGAGUACCCCGACCGCAUUAUGAACACGUUCAGCGUGGUGCCCUCCCCUAAAGUCUCGGACACGGUGGUCGAGCCCUACAACGCCACCCUGUCCGUUCACCAGCUGGUGGAAAACACGGACGAGACCUACUGCAUCGACAACGAGGCUCUGUACGACAUCUGCUUCCGCACGCUCAAGCUCACCACCCCCACCUACGGGGAUCUCAACCACCUGGUCUCCGCCACCAUGAGCGGCGUCACCACCUGCCUGCGUUUCCCCGGCCAGCUGAACGCUGACCUGCGCAAGCUGGCCGUCAACAUGGUCCCCUUCCCUCGUCUGCAUUUCUUCAUGCCCGGGUUCGCCCCCCUCACCAGCAGGGGGAGCCAGCAGUACCGCGCACUCACGGUCCCGGAGCUCACCCAGCAGGUGUUCGACGCCAAGAACAUGAUGGCAGCCUGCGACCCUCGCCAUGGGCGCUACCUAACCGUGGCGGCAGUCUUUCGUGGCCGCAUGUCCAUGAAGGAGGUGGACGAGCAGAUGCUGAACGUGCAGAACAAGAACAGCAGCUACUUCGUGGAGUGGAUCCCCAACAACGUGAAGACCGCCGUCUGCGACAUCCCGCCAAGGGGGCUCAAAAUGGCAGUCACCUUCAUCGGCAACAGCACGGCCAUCCAGGAGCUGUUCAAGCGCAUCUCCGAGCAGUUCACAGCCAUGUUCCGGCGCAAGGCUUUCCUGCAUUGGUACACCGGAGAGGGCAUGGAUGAGAUGGAGUUCACCGAGGCCGAGAGCAACAUGAACGACCUGGUGUCCGAAUACCAGCAGUACCAGGACGCCACCGCUGAAGAGGAAGGCGAGUUCGAAGAAGAGGCCGAGGAAGAUGCCUAGAGAGGGAGCGGGUUCCAUCCGAACCUCAAAAUGGAGGGGGAGCAAAAAAAAAAAAAAAAAAGGCUGAACCUAGUGUUUUUGUUUUUUUUGUUUUUCACUGAGCUUUCACCAUUCCGAGCUGUAGAGUAGAAAUCAAGACUGAAAAGUACUAAAAGUUGAAGGUAGAUACUAAAUAAGUCUGGGUCUGUGCUCAAGCACGUGAGGGCAGAUGCCUGGUUUUAUGUAGUUUUAUUAUACUCCCUAGUACGGUUGGCCUGGGCUAACGUCAUAAGAAAUCUCUUUACUUGCUGGCAACAGAUUAUGUGUUGAGACAAAGCCUGUAACACACAAAUGACUCAUUUCCUUAUUUCCAGUGCCCCAGAAAGGAAGCGCCAUCUCCAAAGCUGUUAGCAGCGUUACGUGUGGAGUCGUUUAAAUCAGGAGGGGGGUCGUGGCUAGCGCUGGAAAACACUUUGCCCUGAUCUCCCAAUCCUGAGAGCAGCGAGGUCACCAAUGCCUUUAAUUUUUUUUUUUUUUUACUUGAAAAGCAAGAAGAAUGGAGAAUAUUUUUAGGAAUUGGUUGAUUUGAUCCCUGGUCGUGAAUGUUUCUGCUUCACUUUAUUUGCAGACUUGGAGAUCCUGAAAGUUUAAUAAUCAUGGACAUAAUUGUAAUUUUUUUUUUUAAAACCAAGGAAGGUAUGAGAGAGAGAGAGAGAGAGGGCAAAUCAUUAAUUAUUUCUGCAAUAGAACUUAUUAAAUCAUGCAGCCGGAAAUGAGGGCUUUUGAGUGUUGUAGCAGGUGAAACCUACAGUGGAGUAUGCAUAAGAUAGAGGUUUGAAGCUCUAGAGCACAGUUAUCCAAGCACUGUUUUGAAAAUGAAACCCUGAAGAUGAAAUUCUGAAUCCAUGCUGUGAGGCUGUCUGAAUGGAGAAAGGCUCAGUGAUAAUGUUCCAAUCACGUCUUCAAUUUAUGCGCUGUCUAACUUCUGAAUUAUUCCUGUUCUGUUUUCUGUCGCUGACAUUAUUAUUUUGAAGCAUGGUCUCUUCCGCAACUGUUUUUAAUCUCUUGCUUUAUGUCCCACUUUUUUUUUUUUUUUUUUCAUAUUGAAAAGCAAGGAGCCUCUGGGGGAAAAAAAUAAAGGAUUUUUUAAUUUUAAAAAAAA